GCGGGCGGGGCGGUGCUCGAGUCGUGCGUCGUCCCCGGGCCAUGUGAUUGGCUGUGCGUGCACGUGACAAGCUCGACAAGCGCGUCUGAAAUCCCUGCGCCGGCUGGUGGUCCCCCAGCAGCCCGUAACAGCCCGUGACCUGUACGGGCGAGGCGGAGGCAGCAGCCGGCGACGAUGGUGAAGGAGGUCAUGCACGUAUGGCGCCGGUGGAGGCAGCGCGUGCCCUGGAGGCUGUCGGAGCUGCUGGCGCUGAUGCUGCUCACGGCCACGGUCUUCCUGUUCCUGCACACCAACGACCUGUCGGCCCAGCUGGCGUCGGCCAAGCGACGGCAGCAGGCCCAGACUGCCGCCCUCGCAGCCGGACCGUCGCGCGAGAACAGGAGUCCGCUGGCGGUCCAUGGCCACACCGGCUCUGGAGACGGCCGGCGCCGACCGGCGCAUCCUCCGCCCACUAGUCAGUACAAGUUCGGGGAGCUGAACGUGACCAAGUAUGCCGUCAAGGAGACGCUGUUCUUCAAUCGCGUGCCGAAGGUGGGCUCGCAGAGCACCAUGCAGCUGAUGAAGCGGCUCUCCUACCGCAACAAGUUCAACUUCCACAAGGACCACCCGCAGAAGGUGGAGCUGAUCAAUCUCAAGCCGCCGCAGGAGAAGCGGCUCUGCUCGCUGAUCAACAUCUUCCGGCCGCCGGCGGUGUACGUCAAGCACGUGUGCUUCCUCAAUUUCCCCAGGUAUAACUUCUCUCCACCAAUCUACUUCAACAUGGUGCGGGACCCAGUGGAGCGCAUCAUCUCGUGGUACUACUACGUCCGAGCGCCCUGGUACUUCGUGGAGCGCAAGAGGGCCUUCCCCGAACUGGAGCUGCCUGACCCCGCUUGGCUCAAGAAGGACUACGAGGAGUGCGUGCUCUCCAACGACUGGGAGUGUCAGUACAUUACCGGUGACAAGAAGGACAGGGUGGGAGACCAUCGCCGCAUGACGGGCUUCUUCUGCGGCAUGGACGAGGAUUGCUCCGCCUUCAACUCUGAGGUGGCCAUGCAAAAGGCCAAGCGGAACGUAGAGAAGUAUUACGCCGUCGUGGGGGUGCUGGAGGAGAUGAACAAGACGCUGGCAGUGCUGGAGCACUACAUCCCGCGUUUCUUCGCUGGUGCUGCCGAGAUUUACCAUGAGGAGAAGAAGCUAUCAAAAGUCAACAAAAACGGCUACAAGCCACCUGUUUCGGAGUACGUCAAGGACAUCGUGCGGAAGAAUUUCACACACGAGAUCGAGUUUUACGAGUUUUGCCGCCAGCGGCUUCACCAGCAAUACUUGGCUCUCGGACUUCAGGAAGACCUAUAGGGCGCGUUCGACCGGCAGACAAUGCCGGAAAUUUAUCCGGGAUGUUGGAAUUUUCCGGAAUGGCGUUCGGCACUGCCAAUACGGAAAACUAUCCCUAAUAAUUUUCCGCGCCCGUGGAAAAUCCCGGAGCAUUUUCAGAGAAUAGUCAAGACGGGGAAUCUUUUUUCGCUAUACAUAGUUGUAGUCGUUGACUGUGCUGGCGCAUGGGAGACGGAUGUGGGAAAUAAUUUCUGGACCUGCCGAGCGUAAAGUAAGAAUCUCCGUAGAUGAUUUUUGAAGGGAUAAUUAUUCGUUGAAUAAUUUUCCCUCGGCCGAACGCGCCCAUAGACUCGGUCUUUUGCGGUGAUGAGGCAGCUGUACGACUGUCAAACUGGCGGAGAAUGUGACGGCUCUGGUGACUUAUCUCACCGACAGAUGGCGCAGGAGCAGAGCAACGUUAUGAGCGCGAGUGAUGCCGCGAGCGCCGGGUCCGUCCUCUCGACAGACUGUAACCAUUUUACGUGCGAGGUGCAGCUAUUGCCGGGCUGUGAGCGACUCGGCCCGCCCGGGAGACUGGCCAGCGGUAGGCGGCCCGCCCGGGAGACUGGCCGCUGGGAGGCGAGCUGUGAUACGAUAGAACUGAGGAUGAGACGUGGCCUGCGCCUCCGGGUAGCUGUCUGUGCUUUACUGAACCUUCCAGCCCUUUGCCAUACUAUGUGUGACUGUUGACGGCAACCUGCCGAUGCGGCCUGCCCGCCAUGUUGGGGGGCUUUGACGCGCGCAUGGGUACUUGACCUGUAGUGGACCUCUCCCAGCGUGUGUCGUGUUGUAGCUGACGCAAAUACACGAACUGAUUUUGUUA